AUGACGCGCGCUGCUUCAUCAGGCGCGGAUACCUGGAAAACAUCCAAAGUUAAUGCAAAGCAAGCGCUCGUAGACAGAGCGGUCAAUGACGCCCUGGCUUCAACGCUUGUCGUCGAAAACGUUCCCGUGAUCCCGGAAAGCAAACACGCGAAACUCGUGAACGUGAUUCAAAAGAUCUUUUCCCCGUUGGGUGUGAUCAAGUAUCUUGAAAUUCCGCCGACCGGGGGUUAUGGGAUCGUGGAAUAUGCUACUGCAGAAGAGGCAGAGCGGGCUCGGAAGCAGACGGACGGUUUUCAGCUCGAUAAAGCGCACCGCUUUCAAGUGAGUCUUCUUAGCGAUGUGGAGCGGUUGCGUCAGCUGCCUCCGGAUGCUUCUUUUGAGCCACCAGCAGAGCUGCUUGCGGAGCUGAGUGACGAGACCGCGCGACACAUGGAAACUCGGCCGAACUUGCUAUCACACUUGGCGGAUCCACGCGGGCGCGAUCAGUUCGUCGUCUGCACGGGCGUCGACACUGCCGUGUACUGGGUUGACCCACUGUUGCCUCCGGAACUUGAGCACGAGCGAGCAAACUGGACAGAGUCUGACGUAGCCUGGUCUCCGCAGGGCCUCUAUUUGGCGACUUUUCAUCGGCAGGGCAUUGCCCUCUGGGGCGGCAGCGAGUUCCAGAAGAUCGUACGCUUCGAGCAUCCACAACCCCGUCUGAUACAUUUCUCUGGAAACGAGCGGUAUCUAGUUACGUUUAAUGCCCCGGACUCGCCAGAGCCCUUGGUCGUGUGGGAAACCGGCACUGGUCGCCGCCUAAAGGUUUUCGAGUCGCCCCUGCGUCUGCCGCCGCGCCUCUUGGAGCGUCUCUGGAGCGAUGUUCUUGAGGAACGGGCACGAGCGGAUGCAGCGAACCCAAUGCUCGCGUCCAUGCAGUCCGCGGAGUGGAAGCGUAUGGAAACAGAACGGGAACGUGGGAUGCCGCCUCCAGAUAUUGGGCGCUUCCCGUGGCCCCUCGUGCAGUUCUCCGCUGACGAGACAAUGAUGGCGCGACUCGGAGAGGACUGCAUUCACGUGUUUGAGAUGUUGCCUGAUCGGAUUGAGCUACUCGAUCAUCGUCCGGUGAGCGUUCCGGCUGCGCUCGGGUUUGCGUGGUCACCCACCACGCCGAACCUCCUGGCCAUCUGGACGCCCGAGGAGGGCCAGUCGCCCGCACGCGUCUUGCUGCUGGAGAUGCCAAGCCGCCGCGAACUGCGACAGAAAGCCCUGUACUCGGUCGCGAAUAUCGAACUCAUCUGGCACCCGCAGGGCAAGUACCUCGCCUGCAGAGUCGAGCGGUAUACACGCAGCAGAAAAGGUCGAUUCACAAACUUUGAAAUAUUCCGUGUGAAUGAAAAAGACGUACCAGUGGAGACGCUUGAGUUCUCCGAACGCGAUAAGGUACUAGCGUUUGCGUGGGAACCCAAAAGCGACCGAUUCGCGAUUCUGCAUCAGCAACAUUUGCCACCGAAUACAGCAGCAGCAGCAGCAGCAGCAGCAACGACGACGACGCCAUUGGGCGGGCUCGGAACCGCUGCUGGAGGCGUUGCCGGUGCCAUGGGCCUGGCAAGCGGCUCGACGCGCCCCAUGGUGACUUUCUACGAGGUCCAGAAGGAUACCGUACGGACCCUGUUCAGGCUCGAACGGAAGCAGUGCAAUCGAAUCUGCUGGUCACCGACAGGUAUGGGGCAUGUUCUGCUGGCAGGCCUCGGCAGCAUGGGAGGCGUCCUCGAGUGGUGGAAUGUUGCCGACCAUGAGCUCAUGGGCGUUGAUGAACACUUUGCCUGCUCCGACAUCUGCUGGGAUCCGAGUGGCCGCUUCGUGUGCACCUGGGUGAAUGCGAGCGCUUCCCGUAUUGAGCAUGGAUAUCAACUCUGGACGUUUUACGGGCGGAAACUUGGUGCGCCCCAUUUUAUGGAGAACCUUUUUGAGUUUUCCUGGCGCCCGCGCCCCGCCAAGUGGUUCCUAUCUGAGCAGGAGGAGCGGGAAGUACGCAAGAAUCUGAAACAGUACCGUGCCAAGUACGAAGCCGAGGAUACAGCGAUGCGCGCCCAUCGACGUCGUGACAUUCGAGUUGCCCGCCGGGACGCGCUCGCGGAAUGGCAGAAACUUGUGGAACGCAACCGUGCGCGGUAUCGAGCGGAGACAGAAAAACGUGCAGCGCUAUGGAAGCAUAUCCCCGGGGGCGAGCGCCAUAUCACCGAUGCGCUCGCAGCGGAUGCGGAAGGCGCUGCUCCCGGUGACGACGAAGUCCUCGAAGAAUGGGUCGAACAAGUCCUUGAGGUCGAAGAAAAGGUGCUCGAAAAAUAUUUGGACGAGAACGACGAGCGGGACUGA